AUGCUGUUGAAUGGUAUCCGUGGUGUCCCUCUCUGGCUGAGCGCCUCGGUGAUCUCGGCGCUCAAUGCUUUGGUGUUCGGUCUUGACACAGGCACAAUUGGGCCGGUGACAACAAUGACGUCGUUCAGAAACACAUUUGGCGAGCUUUCUCCUGCACUCCAUGGGAUAGUUGUCUCAUCAGUCCUGCUCCCAGGUGCAGUGACGGCACUCAUCACCGGGGUACUCGCGGACCGAUAUGGCCGUACGCGCAUCAUCGCAGUAGGCUCGCUCGUCUACGGUGUAGGCGCGACCCUGGAGACAUCAUCCAUGUGGCUAGCAAUGUUCAUCGUGGGACGAUUGCUCAAGGGAGUCGGCGAAGGCUUGUUCCUCAGCACCGUAUACGUGCAUGUCUGCGAGAUAUCUCCGGCGAGAAAAAGAGGCGUGAUGGCCUCGGUUGCGCAGUUCUUCAUCUCGUUAGGGCUCGUACUGGGGUUCUUCAUCUGCUACGGCACCUCUCAUCUUUCAGGCUCGAUUUCCUGGCGUUUGCCCAUCGCCCUUCAGGCUGCUAUCGCUUUUGCCAACGUGGCAGCGUCCCCGCUUCUACCGCAAAGCCCUAGAUGGCUACAGGCGCGCGGACGUUCAGACGAAGCGAAUCAAGUUAUCGAACAACUAGGUCUCGACGACGCUGAGAAACUCGAGUUACAGUCGCAGUCAACGGAGAUGCUCCCACACUCACCGAACGUGCCCUUCUGGCAGAGCGUGCGUGACACAGCGCACGAUCUCAAGGAGGCGUUCCACGGCCCGUUCCGGUCUCGGACACUAUUGGGGUGUUUCCUCCUGGCAUUCCAGCAAUUCUCCGGGAUCGACGGCGUGCUCUACUACGCGCCCAUAUUGCUACAGAUGGCGGGCAUAUCUUCACAGAAUGCUUCAUUCCUCGCUUCAGGCGUCAGUGCUAUUGUGAUCUUAGUCGUCACAAUCCCCGCGACUCUUUGGGCUGAUGCGUGGGGCCGCAAGACGUCUGCCGUCGUCGGUGGCUCCCUGAUAUUCACCCUCAUGUUGAUCUCGGGCUCACUGUACGCGGCAGGCGAGGUACAUGGGGACAGAGGGGCCGGCCGCUGGGUUGUGAUUGUCAAUAUAUACCUCUUUGCCGCCGUCUUUAGCGCCACGUGGGCUAUUGGCGUCCGAGCCUUCUUGAUUGAGAGUUUACCCAGUAGAACGCGAAGCAGUGCUGCGAGUUUAGCACAGAGCUCUAACUGGAUAGCGAAUUUUCUCGUGGCGCUCACGACUCCUAUAUUUGUUGCAACAUCGACCUUCGGCGCGUACUAUUUCUUCGCUUUUGCUACUUUGCUCUGCACUGUAGUUUCCGCCCUUUACAUGUUUGAGACGAAGGGUCGUACGCUGGAGAGCAUCGAAAAGAGGUAUGCUGAGAAACAAGCCCUGAGGAGACAGACAUUGUCUACAGGGAGAUGGUCACUCCCUGUUCGGGGAUUUAGGCUACGAACCAAUCCGACGCGCUCUUGA